GGGCAGGACCGCAUCCCGGAGCUGCCUGAAGCAGCUAGCUCUUUAUUCAGACGUAACCCUGUCUUAUUUGGUUAAUACACCAAAGAGAGCAUCUCGGAGCUUUGCUAUCGAGGUUACUCCACAGCCUCAGCUGGAAAUCUAAGUCUGAAUCGGGAGGCAAGACAUCUCGGAGAGGCUGCCGACACCACGGAGAAAGUGACGGACGGAGCAGAGGCUGAUCACCGGGAUUUUACAUCGCAUCAGUUUAGGAUAUUUCAGGCAGCUGCUUUGGCCCAGCCUUGAUUUCUUUCAGGGUACCUUCACACAAUAUUGCCUAGAUAAUAUUACUAACAUUUGCAUGAUAUAUUUCACCUGAGGUCGUCUAUAGCGAGCAGGCGGACCACUUUAAACCCAUGCGUAACAGCGGUGGAUUUUGGAAUUCUGCGUAGCAGUUCAACCAUCCAGUCUUUCGAUCAGCACUUCUGUUGUUUGGAGGUAUCUACAAACGAGAAGAAGAGCAACCAGGACCUUUUACUGUGUUCCAGAGGCUAAACAUUAAAAACCCGAAGCGCACUUGGUGCGCAAUUCUUCCGAGGACGCUCCUGAUAUUGCCGACCUGCGCUUUUGCCCUCGACCAAAAUUGGCAGCCGAGUCGAAAAAAAAGGCAAAGCUUAUUAACUUUGCACGCUAGAGGCUAGAGUGUGGAAUCUAAUUGGCAGGGUUACCGGUAUAUUUACAUACCAUCGAAAGAGGAGGAUAAACUUAAUCAACAUUUGACAUCGACAAAGCGGCUGCUGGAUUUUGGAGAACAGAAUGAAUCCUUUUUAAUUUGGACCACAGAAGUAUGAGGCAGAUUGCUCAGUGAAUGCUACGACCUGCAUGGAGUUCUAGUCUGCACUACGGAGCAAUUUAUGGUUGGCCGCAGAACUCCCCCGGCUGUAGUACUGUGCCCACCUCACCAUGCUGGCCUGUCUGCAGAGGAGGCAAAACCCUCCACCCCAGCACCCGGUGUGUGCCAGCAAGACCCUGGAGCCCCCGCAAGCCCUUGGACGGAAAUGUGAACUGGUGGUACCGACACAUUCCCCACGCUACCCCACCGCGGCAGAACUUGAUGCCUACGCUCAGAAGACAGCCAAUAGCCCUCUGUCCAUCAAGAUCUUCCCCACCAACAUCAGGGUUCCCCAGCACAAGCACCUUAACCGGACUGUGAAUGGAUAUGACACCACAGGGCAACGCUAUAGUCCCUACCCACAUAUCCAUACAGGGGGCUACCAUGGCCUGCUUGCCAUCGUCAAGGCCUCCUCAUCCUCGUCAUCAUCAUCAUCCACCUUUAUCCCUUCAAAAGGUGUUCUCAAGAACUCCGAAGGCAGACGGACUAAGCUCUCUCCAGCCCACAUAGCUGUUGCCCCGUACCCACCCCCUAGUAGUAGCACUUUAGCCAGUGGCCACGGCCAAAUGGUAUACCACACUGGGCCCUCAAAGCCUCCAGAAGGCCCUGGACUGUCGGUUCCUCCAAAUGUCACUGUAGCUGGCUCAGUGAUUCCUGUAACAGGGGGCCGAGGCCUGGCCCUGCCCGCACAGUCCAACCUCCCCUCCAUCCAGAGCAUCAUCUACCAGAUCAACCAGCAUUGCCAGGCCCAGGCUCUGCAGCAGGUGUGCCAAGGGGCUGCCACUGCACCGUCAAAUUCCAGCCCCUCCAAACAGGGCACAACUGUCAUGGGGCUCUCUUCUAGCUCCUCAGGUGGAGGCUACGUGGUAGGAAUGGGUCCCCAGGCUAAUAUGGUGUACACAGGGCCUGGGUUGCCCACUCAAAAUGCAGAGGCGAUGAAGACUGGUGUGUACACAGAUGGUAUGGACUAUAUCCUUUGGCAGAAGCAGCAACAACAACAACAGCAGCAGCAGCAACAGGCUGUGCUCCGUAUGUACAGUGGAGGUAGCGGAGGAGGUGGCGCCAUUAGCAAGUCCCCCGAAACUUGUGUUCCAGGGGGCGGGAUUAUGGCAGCCCAGGUGUCCUCCUCUUCCUCCAGACCUUACCACCUGACAGCGAGUGCCAGCGGAGGAGGCGGGAUGGACAAAGUCAGCUCUUCCCCUUUGAACUGCGUGGGUAUGCAUGGAAAUUUCUCAGUGGGUCAAUACUUUGCCCCGCCGUGGAACAGUGUGCUGGUGACACCUGAUAGUGACUGCUACAACCCCCAGGAGCUUUUGGGCACCUCUACAGGAGGGCCAGCCACGGGGCACAGAGAGAUGGGUUACCCCCAUCACCAUCACCUCUACCACCACCAUCAUCAUCAUCACCCUGCUAUAGACAGCGGGGGAGGUUUGUGCUGCAGUCUGCCCAGCAAGAGCUUGUGCAACACGUCUGUGCUGAGCAGCAGCUUGCAGUCUCUGGAGUACCUGAUCAACGACAUCCACCCACCCUGCAUCAAGGAGCAGAUGCUUGGCAAAGGCUACGAGACUGUGUCUGUGCCACGUCUGUUAGACCACCAGCAUGCACACAUCCGCCUCCCAGUUUACAGAUAGAGCGGGAAGAAGAGGAAGAAGAGAAUCAAGAGUUGUGAAUUUGUGAAGAAAAUCAAAGUUAAAGAACAGAAAUGUUUUUCUGGGUACAGAUUGUUGAGAGUGGCACUGCUUUAACUAGUGUGGGAGCUUAGAGAAGAGCAGUUGUUGUGCUGUGUGAACCUAGGUUUGGUGGUUUCAAGGCAGGCUGUGGGAAUCCCAAAUAUGAAAGGUGGUAGUGAUUGCCAGUGGGAGAGAAAAGGGAUUUCAAGAUUCUCCAGAUGUUCCAUUGUGUGGUUUGCCAAUAGGAAUUUUGGAUUGGUUUAUUUUUUUUCUUCUGUUUUUUGUUGUUUUACUUGCCUGAACAUUUUUGAUGAGAAUCAUAGGUUGACAUGAAGUGCAUACGCCACUUGUAUCCCCCUUCCAAAUACUAAGGAUGAAGCUACUGUGUAGGUUGUCACUGAAAUGGUCUUAAAAUGGCCGACGUUUAGGGCUGCUCUCAAGGUCCAAAACUCUGUAACAGUACACACAUAAACACACACGACAGACAAACACAUACAAAUACACACAAAUGUACUGAUACAUGAGGAGCCUAAAUUACUGGCAGUACUCGGCUGGGUAUGUACAAGGAUCAUAAGGUUGAAUAAAAAGGAUAGUACAAUAUUAGUUAAUAUUGCUGUUAUAAUUGAUACAUAAAUUGCACUGCUUGAAUCUUGUUAACUUUAAAGUUUGGAAUUGGGUAGUUUGGAUAUGAUAUAUUUAAGAAACUUGAAAAACUUGAACCUAUUUUUUGUUGUUUUAUAUAUUUGUAGGUAUAUUAUAUGCAUCGGCUGCUAUGGGGAAAAGUGUCUCAAUUGCUUUUUUUAUUUUAUUCUUUUCCACUUUUGUUUUUAUGAUUUAAUAAUUCCUCCUCAAGCUGAUGUGCAGUUUCUUAUGUCCUGGUGUGAGGCAUAGUCGCUGCUUUGGUUCUGUAAGAACCUGGUCGGAGAGCUCUUUUUCCUAACCAACACUGGAAUCUACAAUAAAUCUUGAAAUACUUAUUUAAAAAGAAAAUGUCGCAAAAAAAUACAAGAAAAAGAAAUGUUACAAUGAAGAAUGUGAUUGGGAGGUUAUCUACAUAACCUUACGUGUAUGUUUAUGCGUGUAUGUGGCUGAGUGCAUGCGCGUGUGUGCAUUUUAGUUUGUGUUCUUCAAAAUCCUCAGACUUUUUUUCUUUUUCUUUUUUUUAAAAUUGUGUCAUUACAAGAUUUCUACCACCAAGACUGAGAAACUGAUUCACCAGUCCCAUGAACCUCAUAUCUGAGUAAUGUACAGGAGAUAUUUUGCAAAUCUUGCUCCCUUUUUAUUAGAGGCUUUAGAUAUUCUCUGGAGCUAGAGUAGAGAUCAAGUUCUCACAUGACUUCUGUAGUUACAGUUCUACAUCCCCUACUUCUGUCAAAUGUUAUCAUAAUGGCAGAUGGAGGUGGGAACACAUGGAAGUCCUAUUUUGGGGGUACUAUUCACCCCUAAUCCUGCAAACAAAAACAAAAUGAAAACAAUCAUGCCCUGUCCUCUGGCAUCAGAUGGAAUGAGACAAGGCUUGCUGCUUUUCCUUGUCCAUUUCAGCCCCUGGUUGGGAUGCAUUUAGCCUGGGCCAGUCUUAACUUUAUGAUUCAGAGCAGUGAAAUAUUUAUUAUGACUGUGAGAUUCCCUUGAAUGUACUGCACUUAAAUUACUGCAAUGUUUUAUUGCCUUGUGGGACUCAAGUGAAAGAGAAAAAUUGGAUCAGUGCAGCAGUCCUCUGGUCUUAAAUUAGCAUUUCUUUUGUCUGUCAAAUUUAAAUGGUAAAUUGAAUUUAGUAACUGGAGAGAGAGAGACGGAGCUUUGUUGUGGGGAAAUACUGGCAUCAGUCUAGAUUUAUGAAGUGCAAUUAUUAUGACUGUAUUAACAUUUUUCUCUGAGCUUACACCAAAAAAUGUAAACUACAGUUGUCAAUACAUUCCCAAUGUACCACAUCCCUAAUCCCUAUCCUUUUUUGUUUUGAGGUGUAAAAUAAAUUUCUUUAAGAAUAUAUUCAGUAGCCACAUCUUGGCUUUGAAGUCUGUCAUUAUUUUUUAACGUAUGUCCUCUAGAAGUCAGUGGGAAAUUGGACCCUUGUUCCAGCAGCUCUGUGAGAUCCAGAAUGGAGCGUGACGUGUGAUGUAGAUCAUUUACUGUACUGUAGUGAGAACACCAUCGAAUUGAUCAUCUUUUAAAUGUUUACACUUUGGUCACCCAAAGAUAGGGGACAGACAGCAUUGCUGAAAUAAGAAAGGAUUUACUCGUGAAUACUGAGGAUGAAAAGCAGGAAAUAAUGUUUUUUUUAAUCAUUUUCGCUCCAUAAUUAGACCUGUUAUUUCUUUUAAGAUAACCCUUGCUUAAUCUAAACUACAAGCCUUAAAUUUUGAGCUAAUGGUGUUUGUAGACACGCUACUGUGUUUGAAGGCUGACAAAGAUUUCAGUCGAAAGAAUACCAAGCCCCUUGGCUUAAAUUUGCACAGUAAGCCUCCUUAACAUUCCAGUGAAAAUUUUUCAUGUUGUUUCAACAGCUUAAUACCCCAGCCACAGUGUGAUUCCAGCAUAUUUUCUGUCUUGUAGAAAUAUUUUGACAGAUUUACAGAUACAUCCCGUCCCUAAAUCCCCUCCGUUUGGCUUCUGCAUCCAAGCAUUAAACCCUGUCACAUGAUGUUGAAGUG